UGCCAACAUGACUUCCAUAAAUUCAUCUCACUCUUCCUAAUCCUUCCUCAGCGAACUCAAUCCCUCCCCAUAUUGCUGGGGUCCAGAGCUGUCUGUGCUGAUUUAUCACUUUCCUCUCAAAACAUCCUCUGCACUCCGAUUGUUUACUUGUACUGUCGCCCGGCAUGUCGAACGCAGUCUAUCGCCUUGAAAUGGCCAAGACCGGUCGCGCUGGCUGCCAGAACUCGAAAUGCAAAUAUGAGGGCGUCAAAAUCGAAAAAGGCGAAUUCAGAUUUGGAACUCAGGCAUUUAUCAAGGAACAUUUCUGUUGGCUGUGGAAGCACUGGGGUUGUGUCACACCUCUCCAAAUAGCAAAUCUACAGUCUCAAGUUGGCCCUCUUGAAGAUUUCGAUGAUCUUGAUGCCGACCUCUCGGCCAUUCUCGACGGCUAUGAAGACCUCACCCCCGAAGCUCAAGAAAAGGUCAAGUAUGCCUUGCAGAACGGCCAUGUUGCGGACGAAGACUGGAAAGGAGACCCUGAAUUCAAUCGGCCUGGAAUGAAGGGCAUCAACAAACGAACUCCGAAAAAGAAGGCCGUCGAUGUUGAGGAAGAAGGCGAUCAGGAAGCUGCUGAAGCUGCUGAAACACCAACAAAGCCGAAAGCAAAGAAGAGUCGAGCCAAGAAGGUCAAAGCGGAGUCAGAUGAAGAAAUUGACAUUCCAGUAUCUCCGCCCCCAAAGAAGACAACUGGUCGCAAACGCAAAGCAGCUGCUAAAGUGGAACACGAACCUGCUGAGAAGCCAAAGAGGAAGUCGCGCGCUAAGAAAGUCAAGGCCGAAGAACAAGAUGAUAUGGAUUCAGACGCUCCGCUGAAUGUCCCAGCAGAACCCGCAAAGAAGAGAGGGCGCCCAAAGAAGGUCAAGCAAGAAGAGUUGGCUGAGGAUGAUGAAGCUCCAGUUGCCCCCAAAACCAAGGCUACGAAAUUGAAAGCGAAGAAAGUCAAGGCCGAGCCUGAAGCCGAAGAAGAUGAGGACGGUAUGGGUGAGAUGUUGGCUGAGCCUGUGGCUGAUAAUGUCAAAAAUGAGGCCGCAGAAGACGAGAUAGAGCCACCUAAGAAGAAGCGAGGCGGCAAAGCGAAGGGCAAGAAGUGAUCUUAACAAGGUCUUGUCAUACUCAAGGACAUGUCUCGAAACAUGCUUGUUUGAAGAAGCUGUUUGUGGGCGUCCAAGAGCGAGCAGUCCAUUUCGAUGGCGUUCUGAGGGAUGUGACUGGGAAUGCACCGAGUUGAGUUGGUGGUACGGAGUUUGUUGAUGAUGCUUGAGAUCCCCUGUACGAUUAGUAUUUUAUCUGAGAACUCUGCUACACUGGACUGUUGGGCUGGCUUCA